CCUCUCUCUAAAAAUGAGUAAAUAAAAUCUUUUUAAAAAAGGAAUUCUUGCCGUUUGGAGGCAUCUUUGAGCUCGCUGAGUAGACACCAUGAGCAAAGCUCACCCACCCGAGUUGAAAAAAUUUAUGGACAAGAAAUUAUCAUUGAAAUUAAAUGGUGGCAGACAUAUUCAAGGAAUAUUGCGGGGGUUCAAUCCAUUUAUGAAUCUUGUGAUAGAUGAAUGUGUGGAGAUGGCAACUAGUGGGCAACAGAACAAUAUUGGAAUGGUGGUAAUACGAGCAAAUAGUAUCAUCAUGUUAGAAGCCUUAGAACGAGUUUAAACAAUGGAUAUGUUCAUCAGAAGAAUCAACUGCUUCCACAUGUCCCCUCUCCAUAGUACCUGUUUUACUACGAUAUAAAAAUCAGAUCGUGUGCAUUUUCAUAUUGAGCUUUUUUGUUAAAUAAACUUUUAUAAUAGCCAAAAAAAUGAAUUCUUAAUAUGAGAAAAUGCUUACAAUAUAUAUUUGGGGGGCAUUUCAGUGAUUCUGAAGCACAAUUUUUACUGUAAAACUUUUUACUUCUCCUUGAAACCUGGUACUUUCCCCUUGUAUAUCAUUCUGGCUUCAGUCUCUAUCCCUAGAGUUUAUAGCAGUUAAAAUCCUUGGAUGACCUUGCCAGAGGACUUUAGGCCUGUAUCAGGGGCAUGAAGUUAAAAGGAAAGGAAAUUUU